AUGGAGGGCUAUAUAUAGGUCAACAAACCUUACAGUCUUGAGUCAACAAUAAGGCGGAAGCUAAAACUCCGUACCAUGGGCCACCAUCUCCGCCACUUCUUGCGCCGUGGCUACGCCACCAAGUACACCGGAAAAGUUGUGACGACAACCAACAAGGGCCGCUUCUCUGCUAUAGAAGUAUCCGUCUCCGCUCCCACCCUCAUCUCUGACGUCCGCGGCUACCCUUUUCCCCGCCGUGACCUCAUCUGCAAAGUGACCAAAAUCCUCCAAUCAAAGUCCGCCGAGUCAUCUCCGGACCCCUUUCUCGAUCUCUCCGAGUUCCUGCAGACCGUCACCGUAACCCCAACUCCCUCAGAAGUUUCAGAAAUGCUCAAAUCGCUUAAAUCCCCAACCCUAGCACUUGAGUUUUUCCACUUUUGUUCGUCACAUAUCCGGAACUUCCGUCACGAUGCUUUUACCUACAACCGCAUUUUGUUAAUUCUCUCAAAGUCAUCUCUCCCUGACAAGAUUGAUAAAAUGAAGGAAAUUAUCAAUUUAAUGGAGAAAUUAGGAACUCCUGGUAACAUCUCCACCAUUAAUAUACUGAUUGGUGCUUUUGAUGGUGUCCAAGGAUUGGAGAAAUGCUUGGAUUUGGUGAAGAAAUGGGAUUUGAGGUUUACUUGUUAUACUUAUAAGUGUCUUCUGCAGGCGUACUUGAGAGCAGACGAUUUGACUCGAGCAUUGCAGGUUUACAGAGAGAUGCGGAGAAAAGGUUACAAGCUGGAUAGCUUUGGGUACAACAUGCUUCUUCAUGCGCUUGCUAAAGAUGAAAAGGUUGAUCAGGUUUACCAGGUGUUUGAAGACAUGAAAAAGAAGCACUGUGAACCUGAUGAAUACACAUACACCAUUCUGAUAAGGAUGAUUGGAAGGUUGGGCAAGCCCAACGAGGCAUUGGCUUUAUUUCAGGAAAUGCUAUCAAAGGGUUGUCAUGCCAACUCAAUGGCUUAUAAUACUGUGAUCGAGGCACUUGCUAAGAGCCGAAUGGUGGACAAAACUAUGGUUGUCUUUUCUAAGAUGGUAGAAAACAAUUGCAGGCCAAAUGAAUUCACAUACAGUCUCAUUCUCAAUGUUUUGGCUGCAGAGGGACAGCUUGGUAGAAUGGAUGAAGUAAUGGAAAUCUCGAACAAAUACAUGAAUAGGUCAAUCUAUGGAUACCUUGUGAGAAUGCUAAGCAAACUCGGCCAUGCAACUGAAGCACACAGGUUAUUUUGUAAUAUGUGGCGUUUCCAUGACAAGGGAGAUAGGGAUGCUUAUCUCGCCAUGUUGGAGAGCUUAUGCAAAACUGGGAAAGUUACCGAGGCAAUCGACAUGUUAGGUAAGACUCAUGAAAAGGGAAUAUUGUCAGAUACUUUUAUGUACAACACCGUUUUCUCUGCUUUAGGAAAAACAAAACAGAUAGCCCAUCUUCUUGAUCUAUACGAGAAAAUGAAACAAGAUGGACCUAAACCAGACAUUUUUACUUACAAUAUUUUAAUAUCGAGCUUUGGUAGAGCUGGGAGAGUUGAUGAUGCUGUUAGAAUUUUUGAAGAACUUGAGAAUAGUGAUUGCAAACCAGAUGUUGUCUCUUACAAUUCAUUGAUUAAUUGUUUGGGCAAAAAUGGUGAUCUUGAUGAAGCACACAUGAGGUUCAAAGAAAUGCAAGAAAGGGGUAUGAAUCCUGAUGUUGUCACGUAUAGUACGCUAAUAGAGUGUUUUGGCAAGACGGAUAAAGUUGAGAUGGCAUGUAGCUUGUUUGAUGAAAUGCUUGCUGAAGGAUGUUGCCCAAAUAUUGUAACAUACAAUAUUUUACUAGACUGUCUUGAAAAGUCCGGGAGAACUGCAGAUGCUGUUGAUUUAUAUUCAAAAAUUAAAGAACAGGGGCUUUCUCCCGAUUCAAUCACUUAUGCUAUUCUUGAGAGAUUACAGAGUGGUUCUCAAAGGACCCGUAGAAUUCGAAGGCAGAGUCCAAUUACUGGUUGGGUUGUUAGUCCAUUAAGGUGAUAAAGAUAAUUGAAGCUGUCAUAUUAUUGUGUCAAGUUGCUUAUGGUUUUUGCUUCCACAUUGUCUGGUUUUGCUGCACAGCCAACAAAAUGACUCAAAAUUUCGUUGCCUGACCAUGGUGGAAAGAGCAUUGUGAAGGUGAUUUGGAGACACUAUUCUAGGGUGUAUAUGGCACAAAGAUGAUGAAACCAACAAACCCCAGUUUGGUUUGAGAUGCAGCACAAACAAUGUACUGGUUUGUGAUGCUUCAUUUGUCUUAGCAGAAAUGACAUAGUGUCAAUCUACUGGCUGUGGCUCUACAUCUAACUUCCAGUGAAUUAUGGAGGGUGCAAAUUGAAUUAAGUUUCUAUAGUUUUAUGCGCGAAGGUUGCUCAUAUUUUCUGCAACUCUGGUUGCCAGAUCAAGUUGAAUUUCUCUGAACUGGAGAAUGCAGCAGAACCACUGACUAAUUCUGUGCACGGUCAAGUUGUUACAUGCAGAGGAUCAAAAAACAAGCUGGAUUUUCACCUGCUGUUGGCCCC